CAUUUCUGUAAUUAUCACCAGAACCCAAGGGCUAUCUCCCAAAUGGGUUCCCUUAUAUACUCCUCCUCCCUUUCUCUUCCAUCCCACAGCAUCGUCUUCUUCCCCACACCCUUCUCUCAUUGUCCCCAAAAAAAUCCAUUAGAAGAGAACAAAGGCAGCAGGCAGAAUAAAGACAGACCAUUGUUGAGAAAUAUUCAAACAGCAGCAUGGGAGGAAGCCGUGGAGGAGGAGGAGAGGUCAUUUCUCUGCUUCUGGUACUGCUCGUUCUCGCCACCUGUCACUCCGCCUUCGCCAUUCGCGACGGGUUGCUGAGGAAUGGCAACUUCGAGCUGGGACCGAACGCAACAUCCCUAAAGGGCACCGAGGUCCUCGGUCGAUUCGCGAUCCCCGAAUGGGAGAUAUCGGGCUUCGUCGAGUACAUCAAGUCCGGCCAGAAGCAGGGCGACAUGCUUCUGGUCGUCCCUGAGGGCGCCUUUGCGGUGAGGCUGGGCAACGAGGCCUCGAUCAAGCAGCGAGUCAAGGUGAUCAAGGGCAUGUACUACUCGCUCACGUUCUGCGCGGCUCGAACCUGCGCGCAGGAGGAGAAGCUCAACAUCUCGGUGGCUCCGGACUCGGGCGUGCUGCCGAUGCAGACCAUGUACAGCAGCAACGGGUGGGACUCGUACGCCUGGGCUUUCCAGGCCGAGUACGGCUACGCGGACAUCUUGAUCCACAACCCGGGUGUGGAAGAGGAUCCUGCUUGUGGGCCGUUGAUCGAUUCGAUUGCUAUCAGGGCUCUGUUCCCUCCUAGGCCCACCAACAAGAACAUACUGAAGAACGGAGGAUGGGAAGAAGGCCCCUACAUCCUCCCCAACACAUCGUGGGGAGUUCUGAUCCCUCCGAACAUCGAGGACGACCACUCCCCGCUCCCCGGAUGGAUGGUGGAGUCUUUGAAAGCCGUCAAGUAUAUCGAUUCCGACCACUUCUCGGUCCCCCAAGGCAAACGGGCGGUCGAGCUCGUGGCGGGCAAAGAGAGCGCCAUCGCCCAGGUGGCCCGGACCAUCCCGGGCAAGGCCUACACCCUGACCUUUGCCGUGGGGGACGCGAGCAACGCGUGCGCGGGCUCGAUGCUCGUCGAGGCCUUUGCGGGGAGGGACACCUUGAAGGUGCCCUACACUUCGAACGGGAAGGGCGGGUUCAAGCGAGCGGUGCUCCGGUUCGUGGCGGUCUCGACCCGGACCCGGGUCAUGUUCUACAGCUCGUUCUACCACAUGCGGAGCGACGACUUCUCGUCACUGUGUGGGCCCGUCAUCGACGACGUCAAGCUGCUGAGCGUACGCGGCACCGGGCGCGUGUGAGUCACGUGGUGGUUACUAAAAAUAGGUUAUUGAGACGAGGUGGCGUGGAGGUGGUUUUGUUGGUGGUGUUGGGCUGAAGGCGGCCUGGGUUUCGGGUGUCGAGUGCUAUAAAUAGAACAGAGAACGAGAGAAAGGAGUGUUUGUUAUAUAGUAGCCGGACGAUUUACGAGUAAUUUCCGAUAUUACUUUGUAUGGUUUUCGAAAUUAAAGAAUGAGAAGUGGGGAAUGUUGCUCUCUUUCUGAGAGUAAUCUUGAGAAUAAAAAAUUUGUUGGUGGUAUAUAUAUUGGGGGAACUGGGGAAUUGUAUAAUGUUUAGAUGGAUAGUCUUGUUAUAGUUUGUGUUUUUGUCGAGUCUUGAGAGUUGUGUGAUUUACCAAAAUAAAUGGAUUAAAAAGUUAUAAAUCGAAUAAUAAAGAGCUCGUUUAUGACUAGAAAUCCGAGUUGUUAAUUGAAAACCUACGCACGAUAGAGUAUGAAUUUAUUACAACCUACACACGAUAGAGUACUAUAAUACCUUAUU